AUGGCCAACUAUUACGAAGUGCUGGGGGUGCAGGCGAGCGCCUCCCCAGAGGACAUCAAGAAGGCCUACCGCAAGCUGGUCUUGCGCUGGCACCCGGACAAGAACCCCGACAACAAGGAGGAGGCUGAGAAGAAGUUCAAGCAGGUGUCCGAGGCCUACGAGGUGCUGUCCGACUCCAAGAAGCGCUCCGUGUACGACCGAGCGGGCUGCAACAGCUGGCGGGCCGGUGGCGGGGCCAGCACCCCCCACAGCAGCCCCUUCGACACCGGCUACACCUUCCGUAACCCCGAGGACAUCUUCCGUGAGUUUUUCGGCGGCCUGGACCCCUUCUCGUUGGACUUCUGGGACACCCCUUUCAACAGCAACCGCGCUGGCCAGGGCCAUGGCCUGAGGGGAGAGAGGGGGGCCUUCUCGGCUGGCUUCGGCGAGUUCCCGGCCUUCAUGGAAGCCUUCUCGUCCUUCGACGCCCUGAGCCGGGGUGGCGGUGCCAGCCACACCACCUUCUCGUCCACCUCCUUCGGGGGCUCCGGCAGCUCGGGGUUCAAGUCGGUGAUGUCGUCCACCGAGCUGGUCAACGGACACAAGGUCACCACCAAGCACAUCAUGGAGAACGGGCAGGAGCGCGUGGAGGUGGAGGAGGACGGGCGGCUCAGGUCCGUGACCAUCAAUGGCAAGGAGCAGCUCAAGCAGGUGGACAAGUGA